CAGUGGCACCGAAGCGGGCUCAACAACACACUUUUAUCCUUACAGUUUUAACUUCAUGUUUUCUGGCUGGUUGACCGUUUAUCAAUGAAUUUCACGGUUUAAUUUAGUGCUGAGGCACCGCGUGAACGAGCUCUGCUAUCAGACACCUCCGACAUGUUUUUCAUGAAGUGCUGACUGACAUUUAAAUGCUGUUGUGACGACGUGAGCAGAGCUAGCUUAGCAGGCUAAUUUCCCAUUGGAAUCACUCUAGCGUUAUCUGUUAGCUAAGAGCUUUCAAGAGCCACAGCAGCACGGAGAGACAAGCAUGAACUGCCCUCCCACUAAGCGCCUCCGAGGCCUGAAUCAUGAAGUUGCGACGGCGGUGGCCUUCGAUGACCCAUUUGGAGAUGAUGAAGACUUCACCCAAGACGACCUGGAUGAGAUCGACGACAUUGCCUCGCAGGCCAUCACCUCAGCUACUACAGGGGUGGGGCUAGGGUCUAAACCAGAAACCAAACCGGGGGAGUCUGUCUGGCAGCCGUUUGCAGGGCAGAGCAAAUCUCUGAGCAGAGCCACAAUGAAGCAGAGCAGAGAGAACACGUUUGGGUUCAGCAGCAGCAACAGAGGGAAUGCUGGCAGAGAGCCUCUUGGUAACAGGCAGCAGCAGUUUGGGUCAGACAGAGAGGACUCCUACAGUGUGCUGGAAGCCCAGCAUGCAGAGCUGAAGAGAAAGCUGAAGGAGGUGGAGGAUGAGAUUGUUUUGAAGAGCGGGGAGAUCCGUGUCCUGAGGGACUCCCUGAAAGCAGCUCAGCAGGAGAGGGAAGCUCAGAGACAGAACCAGAUCCUGCUGGAGACUCAGAAGCAAAGAGAGCAGAGUGACAAGGAGAAGGAACUCAAUAGGAAGGUUCAGUCUCUGCAGUCUGAGCUGCAAUUUAAAGAAGCAGAGAUCAAUGAGAUGAAGAGUAAACUGCACAGUUCAGAAAAAAACAAGACGGCAUCACCACUGCCUAGAAACAGUCCUAAAGUGCUGAGCUGUCUCGGCCAGUUGCAUCAAGGGAGCGGUAGCAGCUCCUCCUCUCCAGGAAAUGGUUUCAUCACCAAGGAGAUGUUUGGAGCCCAGGUCCCUUCCAAAACAACACCAGUGAAGACACAGAUGAAGACACGGAGAGAGGCAGACAGAGGGUCAUCCAGCAGCAGAUCUGGUGACAACAAACAGGAAGUGUCUCGUCCAGACCCCUUCUUGACUGUGAGACCUGCACACCUGCAGCAUCGAGGUGGCGUCCUACUGGGGUUGUUGCUGCAGCAGCCUCUGUCUCCCAGCAGCCUUAGCCUCUCUCACCUGCUGUCAAUGAGUCUGACAGAUAUCUACCUGACAUCCAGCAGGCUGUCAGCAGAUUUUCUGCUCCACUCUGAUGCAGCAGCAAGUGUCAGUGGAGGUGGUGCUCCCAGACCUGCUCUGAGUCCGGUCCAGAGUCUGGCUGUAACUGGAAUAAACAUGCUCAGUCAAAGCCGAACAGCAGCUGCAGCCAGCAGCAAAAACAACAGGUCAUGUCCCGGAGCCGUGUUUCUCCUCCCUCUGUUGGACCUCCACUUGUCUCGACUCUGUCAGGCUCUGGAUUCGCUCCUUUCAAACUCUGCUGGCGGCAGCGGUUCAGACUCCACAGCUGCCAGCUCGCUCCCAGCAGGCCGUGCUGCUCCCACUGCUGGCCUGGGAAAACUUGAGGAGACUGGUUUGUCUGGUUUCAGCGUGGAGGACACUGGCUUGGCUGCUCUGCGACUCCUCUACCUGCUGCUGGCCCACAGUGAUGAGGUGGUGGAGGCUGUGUUGUCAAAAGAGAGUGAAAGCAGAGUCACAGACAAGAAUGAGCCAACUGCAGCAGGUGGUGGUCUGGGCUCCCAGAAUGCCUUGCUGCGGUCAGUGUUACGGCUGUGUGAAGCGGGACUUGAUGGCAGCAGCAGCAGCUCACAGAAGGAGGAGCUUGUCCUCAGCGCUAUGAAGACGCUGUGUGUCCUAAUUGAGAGGACGCCACAAACACACACUGACAGGUUGCAGUGUGUGUUGCAGGUGCUGUGUGUGUGUUUGUCAGCUGACAGCAAGUUGCAGAUGAUUUCAGAGUGUGUGACUGUCCUCAUCUCGAUGUCUGACCACCAGGUGCUGGCUCAACAGCUCUGCUCUCAGCACGACCCCUGUGUUUUCCUUAAGUUAUUCCAGUAUAUCAGAACCAGACCAGACAACCAGGCAGCACACACAGACUGGAUUCUGCUCGACCUGCAGGUGGUUCGUUUGUUGAGUAGACUAAUGACUCAGAGAGCAGGAAGCUGGACCACAAACCUGCACAGCAGCUGUCAAUGUUACACUGAGUUGGUUCAGACAGUGGUGAUUGUUUUCCAUCGUCAGUGGCUGGAUCUUCGUGGGUCUCAGGAGCCGUCCGGCUCAACAGGACUUCCCCGACCCCCACCACAGUCUUCCACCCCCUCGGUGCCGUGGUGGCGCAGCCCAGCAGCGUCUCUGCUCAGAGAGUGUUUGCUGCUGCUGCACUGGCUGCUGCUGCAUCACGGCAGCUUCUCAGAGAGCUGCAGACCGCUGCUGCACAUGUAUGACCAGGUGAUCCCCGCUGUUCGAGAGACGCUGAGGAAGAUCCCUGAGCUGAGCGAGAGCGAGGAGCUGGCGUUGGAAGAGAUCUGCCGCUCGGAGGGCGACGACACUGAUGACAUGGACACUGAUACUGGUUCCUGACCGGCUCCAUCAGGGACCAAUGAAAAGACAUGAGAGACAGUUUACUGUCUGUCGAUGUGAUAUUUCAGGCUGAGGCGAGGACAGAACGGAGACUCUGUUUUCAGUCAAAUAUUUCAGAGAUAAAGUGGAUGUUGGAGAGAAAUGAAGGACUAGAGAGAAGUCUUAACUGAAGUGAUGGACAGUCACAGCAUUUAAUCUGCUGUCUGAUGGGAUUUAACAAUAAAACAUGAAGGUGAGGAAUACCGCUGCACUCAGUGUUCAUGGUUACCUGCUGUAUAUUCUGUCUUUCUUCACCACCUCCUGUCUAACCUGUCAGUACUCUCCAUUAACAGUCAAGGCUGCUGCUAUUCUUGACAUUUGUUUAAUGUUUAGUGAGGUUACACUUGCUCAUAGGAUUGGCUGUCGUUUCAUAACUAUUCAUGUCUGUACCUGCACCAGUACUUUGAAUACAAUACCAUAUUCUGUACUGCUCUAUAUUAACAUAACAACAUUUUCAGCCAAAAUUUUAAAUAACAGUUUUUCCAAAAUAAAAAUUUUAUGAGGCAUUUAC